AUGAGCAGCACCUACUGCGGCCACACUUCAGCUAAGAUGAGUGUCAACGAAGUGCCAGCUUUCUCGUUGACUCUGGAGCAGAAAACUGGCUUCGCUUUUGUUGGGAUUUUGUGUAUCUUCUUGGGACUUCUUAUUAUCAGGUGCUUUAAAAUCCUGUUAGACCCAUAUAGUAGCAUGCCUUCCUCUACAUGGGAAGAUGAAGUAGAAGAGUUUGAUAAAGGGACAUUUGAAUAUGCACUUGCCUGA